AUGGAUAUUUAUGAGCCUUUGGAGAUUAUUGGUACAGGAUCCUUUGGCCUCAUUCGCAAAGUAAGACGAAAAUCCGAUGGUAGGUGUAUAACAAGUAAUUUAAUUUGGGGUUAUUCAAAUUAUUGUCGGGUCAAAAUUUUUAAGAUCUUAGCACGUAAAGAAAUCGACUAUCGGCGUAUGAAUGAUAAAGAAAAGCAUCAACUCGUAUCAGAAGUCAAUAUUCUCCGUGAACUUAAACAUCCUAACAUUGUAAGAUAUUAUGAUCGAUACCUUGAUAAUACAAAUUGUAUGAUCUACAUUAUUAUGGAAUAUUGCGAAGGAGGUGACCUUUCCUCGAUAAUUAAAAAAUGUAGAAAAGAGGGGAAUUAUUUGUCUGAAAGCACCAUUUGGUUCUUCUUCACUCAGAUAUUACAGGCGCUUCAUGAAUGUCAUUAUGGCUAUGGUAAUAGUAAUGAUAAUAAGCUUAAAUUGGGAGAUUUUGGUCUUUCGAGAAAAUUGAAUUUAGACCGAGAGUUGGCGCAAACGUAUGUUGGUACACCAUAUUAUAUGUCCCCUGAACUGAUAACUGAAUCACAUUAUGAUACUAAAUCAGAUAUUUGGGCUCUCGGGUGUUUAUUAUAUGAACUUUGUGCUUUACAACCACCAUUUCAAGCAAAAUCACAACCAAGUUUGGCAGUAAAAAUCAGUGCUGGCAUGAUUCCUCCUCUACCAUCACGAUAUUCGGAAGAAAUUAAUAAUAUAAUUAGAGCAAUGCUAAUGGUUGAUCCGGCCAAAAGGCCUACAACUAUGGAAUUACUAAAGAUGUUGCAUCCUAGUAAGGAUAUAACACGUCGAGAAGAGGAGCUUAAACAACGAGAGAUAGCUUUAAACGGACGUGAGAUGAUGGUGGCAAAUAAAGAGGAAGAAUUAAGGCGAGGGUUUGCGGAACUCCAACAAUGCAAACAACAAUUAGAUUAUGAGAGACAGCAAUUUACAAACGAGGCCAAAAUUCAUACAGAGCAAUUUAAUAUGGAAGUUCAACGACAAAAGGAAGAAUUUAAAGUUGAGUAUGCAAAUAUCUUGCAACAAAAGGAGGAAUUGAAUAAGGGCUUUUUAGAGCUUAAACAACAGAAAGAUUUACAAACUCAAAUCCUUCAGAAUCAAGAAUCAGAAUUAAAACGCCACCAUGAUGACCUUCAGCAUCAAAUUGAUGAAUUUAAUAAGACGCGAGAUGCAAUAUUGCUUGAACAGCGAACAAUAGUUUCUCUUCAAACGCAAGUAUCAGACAUUAAAGAGCAGCCCUUGAAUGAAAGCCAAUGUAAUAAUGUUAAAGAUACGGUUCAGGUUGUUGCACAAGUUGAGGCGUUUACAAGUAACGAGGUCACAUCACUUCAUAAUGCAUUAGAAGAUCGAGAAAAUAUAGAUAUUUCGACCUCUAAGGUAAACCUAAAUAAAAAGAGUGAUGUGACCGCGCUGAAAAGCCUUCGUACAACACAUAAGAAAUUUACAUCAAGUUCAAAUGUUGGAGUGGUUAUGAAAGUUCCUGCCAUACAGCAAGAAUUACCGAAAACGAAGCUGAGAAAAUUAAUAUAUCCUCCAUUAGAAGCACGACCCAGAAAUAAUUCAUCGAUAUCAAGCAUUAUUCCUCAAAAAAGAUUAAAACAGGAUUCACAAGAAUCAAAUGUAUGGGAUAUGGACGAUGAUGAUUUACCAUCACCUUUUAUAAAGCAGAAAAGUCAAACUGCUCUCGAAACUUUCCAUGAGGACAUGCACGAUGCACAACUUGACUAUUAUGGGAAAAGAUUAGCAACUUGUUCUUCAGACCGUACUAUUAAAAUAUUUGAAGUUGACGGUGAAAAUCGACAAGAAAUUGAGACACUUAAAGGACACGAUGGUCCUGUAUGGCAGGUCGCUUGGGCUCAUCCGAAAUUUGGAAAUAUAUUGGCCUCAUGUUCAUAUGAUAGUAAAGUUAUUAUUUGGAAAGAACAGAAGGGUUGGAAAAAAAUAAAGGAAUACACAGUACACACGGCUUCUGUAAAUUCUGUAUCUUGGGCUCCUCACGAACUUGGCCCAAUCCUUGCCUGUGCUUCUUCCGAUGGGAAAAUAUCCGUGCUCACCUUCAAAGAUGAUGGCACAUGGGACGCACGGACUUUCGAGGCACACAAUAUUGGCGCUAAUUCAGUUAGUUGGGCACCAGCAACAAUACCAGGAGCGUUAGUUCAAAUCACUGGUGGAGCUCCUAACGUAAACGUUACCAAAAGAUUUGCAUCAGCAGGCU